AUCAUUUUAAUUGAAACUAAAUUUGUUUUAGCAUGAAAAGUAAGCGUAUCACUCAGUGAAGAAACAAAACAUUGAUUAAAACAAAAGACAGAAGAAAAAAUUAUUAGACAGACAGAAGAAAUUAAAAGAUGGUGAGAGAGGGUGUGAUGGCAAAAGAUGAUUAUCUUCCACUUUUCGAAACCAAAUCAGGCAAGGGACUUGUCUCAUUCCGACUGUUUGCAGCUUCAACCUUCGCGGCUGUCUGUGUGAUCUUUGUGUAUAGGAUCAGCCAUAUGCCAUCAUCCAACAAAGAAAGAUGGGCUUGGAUUGGAUUGUUUCUUUCUGAACUUUGGUUCGCUUUCUACAACGUCAUCUCUGUCGUCCUUAGAUGGAACCCUGCCUACCGUAACACUUUCAAACAUCGCCUCUCCCUCAGAUAUGAGAAGGUAUUGCCGGGGAUAGACAUAUUUGUCUGCACGGCUGACCCCACGGUAGAGCCACCAAUCAUGGUUAUAAACACAGUGCUAUCAGUCAUGUCUUACGACUACCCACCGGAGAAGCUCAGUGUUUAUCUAUCCGAUGAUGGUGGAUCCGACUUGACUUUUUACGCCAUGUUAGAGGCCUCUCGGUUUGCGAAUCAAUGGCUUCCAUUUUGCAGAAAGUUCAAAGUAGUACCCAGGUCUCCUGAGGCUUAUUUUCGGACAACUCCUGAACCACACGAUAAUAAUACUAUCAUGGCCCAGAAGUGGACCUCCAUCAAGAAACUAUACGAAGACAUGAAGACAAGAAUUGAAAGCACCACAAAGACAGGCCGAAUUUCAGAAGAGAUACGCAAAGAGCACAAGGGUUUUCUGGAGUGGGACUUUGUUUCCAGCCGACGUGACCAUCAAACUAUUCUUCAAAUUCUUAUUGAUGGAAGACAUGCCAAGGCUGUGGAUUCUGAAGGACAACCUUUGCCUUCUCUUGUAUACUUGGCACGAGAGAAAAGGCCUCAAUACCACCACAACUUCAAAGCAGGAGCAAUGAAUGCACUGUUAAGGGUGUCAUCCAGGAUAAGCAAUGCUCCAAUAAUUCUUAACGUGGAUUGCGACAUGUACUCAAACGAUUCAGAGUCGGUUAGAGAUGCUCUAUGCUUCUUGUUGGAUGAAGAGAAGGGCCGUGAGAUUGCUUUUGUUCAGUUUCCACAAGUCUUUGACAACCUCACCAAGAAUGAUGUUUACAGCAGCUCCUUGCGUAUUCUAAGCAAGGUCGACCUUCAUGGAUUUGAUCGUUAUGGAGGACCUUGCUAUAUUGGCAGUGGCUGCUUUCAUAAAAGGGAAUCUCUUUGUGGGAAGAAGUACAAUGACAAGGCAUGUCAAGAAGACUUGAUGAGCAACAAGCUUGACAUUAUAAAGAAUGAAGAAGAUGCACAGGUUUUGGAAGGAAUAUGUAAAGUUCUUGCAAGUUGUAGCUAUGAAGAAAACACUCAAUGGGGAAAGGAGAUGGGCUUGAAGUAUGGUUGCCCAGUGGAAGACAUUUUAACAGGCUUAUCAAUACACUAUAGAGGCUGGAAAUCUGUCUACUUUAAUCCAGAGAGGCCGGGUUUCUUAGGAGUCGCUCCCGUAACUCUGCUUCAAUCACUUGUACAGUUUAAGAGAUGGUCCGAAGGAGAUUUUGAAGUCUUUCUAACACAUUGUCCUUUCUUGUACGGACACAACAAAAUUUCACUUGGACUUCAAUUUUCUUAUUGCAUGUAUUUGCUAUGGGCUCCAACCUCCUUGGCCUCACUCUACUAUGUUACUGUUCCAUCGCUUUGCCUGCUAAGAGGAAUCUCUUUAUUUCCACAGGUUUUGAACCCAUGGGUGAUACCAUUUGUGUAUGUGUUCUUUGGCAACUUUGCAUACAGCCUUGUUGAAUUCAUACACCUAGGAGGGACAUGCACAGAAUGGUUGAAUGAUACAAGGAUGUGGGUUUAUAGAAGAACAACUUCCUUCUUGUUUGGAUUUUGUGACAACAUAAUCAAGUUACUGGGAUUCUCAAAAUCAGCCUUUGCCAUCACUGCAAAGGUGGUGGACGAGGAUGUUUCCGAGAGAUACGAGCAAGAGCUUAUGGAGUUUGGUACUACUUCUCCAUUGUUUACCAUUUUGGCCACACUGGCAUUGCUCAAUGCAUUCGUUCUUGUUGGGGGAAUAAAAAGGCUGCUGAUCUUGGAGGAUCCGAAUAUUAAUUUGGGUCAAAACCCAUUUAAUAUGCAGAUUAUUCUAUGUGGCCUUUUGGUUUUCAUCAAUUUGCCACUUUACCAAGCUUUCUUCUUGAGGAAGGACAAAGGAAGAAUGCCUUCCUCAGUAACAAACAGGUCAAUAGCCUUUGCUCUGGCAGCUUGUUUAGCAGCCCUUCAAUAUUAGAAUGUUUAAUGACGAAUAAAAAGCAAAAUUUGUCUUUUUAAUUGUAACUUGAUUAGAAUUACGUUUGUUGUUGCUACAAUUAAUGAAUAAGUGUUUGCAUUUUUUUUCUUAGGAUGAUUGCUUGUAUCAAUCGAGGUACUCUAAGCUAGUACCAAAAUAAAUAAGUAAACAAUAAAGAUAAAUAUUUGUGCUAGUUAUUAAUUAUGGAAUUGAAAGGUAUUUUACAUC